AAAACCGGGCAGCGAUUGCACUCUACCUCGCUGAGCAGUGUCUCGAAAGUCACGUUCUGAAAGUCAACGCUGGGAUCAACGCUGAGUUCAACGAGGAGUUCUACACUGAUCAAGCGAAGGCCGACUAGAGUCGAAUCCUCCCAGGUCCUCCUCCGGAAGUCGGGGGUUUUUGGACGCUAUAAUUAAUUCAAAGGCUCGAGCUUUUGACGCGCGCGUCCGGACGUUCCGAUUUGGCGGUCGGCUUGUCGGUGCCCUCUGAGCGCGUUGUUUACGUUGUGUUAACGCGUCAACUGGCGUAGCUUCCCACACGCUCGGAUUUGACAGAUAAUCAAUCGAUCAAAAUGAAGACCCAAUUGGAUAAUGCGAAUGAAUCUGACCGUCUAUUACUCUGUAACGAGUACAAAAUGUUUCCAGAGCAGGUCGAACGGGACAUAGACAUUCUAAUGCAUUGGAUUAACAAGACACCGCACUUGCCAACUCUUCCUAAGAAUAAAGAAGGAGAAGUCAGAAACUGGUUGGAAAAUCUCUUGCUCAUGAACAGAAAUAGUCUGGAGAAAACUAAAGACUGCGUUGAUAGCUAUUUCCUAUUGAGGGCGCUUCACCCGAACAUCCUGUUGUCAGACUCAGCCCUAUACAGCGAAUAUUAUAAUGACGUAUCCGUAGUUGUGUUGGAACCAAAGGCUGAAGACGGAUCACGGAUACUCAUCAUCGGUUUCAACAGCACCGAUCCGCAGACAUUUAAACUGCAGGAGCUUUGCCAGAGGAUAAGGAUGAUCUUGGAAGCAUUCCUGAGGAACAAACUAGAUUUCACAAGCUUUGUCGUUAUUCUCGAUAUUAGGAAUCUAGUUUUUAGUCACAUGGCUCAAAUUGAUCUCGUUUUCUUGAAACAAGUCCUGUCAUUAGGAAAGAAAAUGUUGCCGCUCAGAAUAAAGAAUGUACAUCUCCUUUACACUGCGUCUUUCAUUGAGAAAUGUAUCUUGAUCUUGAAACCUUUCUUCUCUCGAAAAAUUAUGGAUAGGCUUGUUCACCACAAAUCAACUGAGUCACUCGCAAAAAGUCUAUCAUCCAAGGUGCUCCCAAAGGACCUGGGAGGUGAACUGCCAGACACGCAGUGUAUCAAUAACGAGUGGAGGAAUGUUCUGAGACGGAAAAGCAACUGGUUUUUGGAAGACGAAUCGCUUGUCUCCGUCGAAAGCAAGAGAUCAAAAGACAACAACAAUGAUAAAUUCUCCAUGAGUUCCGUCACAGGAUCUUUCCGGAAACUGUGCAUUGACUGAUGAUCGCCAGACAAAAAUUUUGACGCCAAACAGUCCGUGUCUUUCUUUGAAAAGAUGACAUGGCAUCCUUCACGAGAAUGUGAUGCUUUCCCGCGGUAUAACUUUAGGAAAGAAUGAAUGUUCCUUUGAAAGCUUAUUCUGUCAGAUGUACUUAGCUACAUUUGUACUUUUCUUUCGAUUCGGGUUCCUUGAGUAGGAAGAUUUUCUCUCCUAAGUAAUUUAUUAGCUGAAGUGAUAUAGAUCCAAAUUUGUGAAGGUAAACAUUUUUGACCGUGGUUGGAUAUAAGUACAUAACUAGAUCGAAGAGUAAACAACCUGAUAGUUGGACAACGUACCUGAAUUUCUUGUGAAUUUUCCUUAGUGUUAGUUUAUUUCGAAAAAAGUGUUUGUCAAUUACGGGCAUCAGGUUGCUUCAAGUAUGGCCAUCGUACUUUGGCAAAUCCAUCUAGCCAUUUUCUUAGACGAGUACUUCCAAUUUCAAACGAUUUUGAAAUGUCAAGCGGAAAAUAGUUGACUUACUGUUUAAUAUUGAGAGUUGACUCUCUCUUGACACCGAUGAUUUAAAAUAAUUUUAUCACCAAAAAAAGCGUUUAACAGAGGAAGCAGUUCCAUGCUUGUUUACUUUGUGAUUUAGUUCCUCCCGAAUCGUUUAUGUAUUUACCUUCUCUUGGAGACGGCUAAUUAUACUUCUUUAAGAGAUUGUUUGAUUUUUCGAAAUACAAUGACUAGUAAUCAUGUAAACGCUGAUUUAUCAGUGCGAACAUGUUUGCUAAUUAUUUUUCGUUAAAGUCGUGAUUGAAGGCCUUUUGCUAGAUCCCAGGAAUUUCUGGAAAUUCCGAGCGUUGGGAUAUUUACCUAUUAAGUUAAUUUUUUAGUAUUUAGUGUUUUCAUGAUCUUUGCGAUAUUGUAAUUUAAAAUCAUUAUUUCGUUGUACAUAAUAUAUCUGUAUUUAUUAUUCACACAUAUGAAAAAAUAUACGCCUAGAUCUAACCAUGA